UGUGCUGGAGAGCGGAGAGCGGAGAGCGGAGCUUGAAACCGACUGGGAACUUCAGUGGCGCUGCAACUUGCUAGUCUCACCCCCAGGAACUUUUCUUUGCAGGAGAAGGAGAGAAGGGGUGCAAGCGCCCCCGCUUUUGCACUCUUUGUUCCCCUCCUCCUCCUCCUCUCCAGUUCGUCUUACCCCACUCGGAGCAGGCAGCUGCGGGCUGGCCACCCCGCGCCUCCCCAAGCGCUCGCCGCCGCAGCCGGCUGACACUCCAGGCUGCCCCGGAGCCGCUCGCUCCGCGUCCGGGCCGCCGAGGGGAGAGGGACCCGCGCCUCGAGUGCCUGGGCAGCCGCGGCCACCCGCCUUUCCCGGCCACCCGCCUCCUGCCCCGGAUCCGCGUAUGAAUCUCCUGGACCCCUUCAUGAAGAUGACCGACGAGCAGGAGAAGGGCCUGUCCGGCGCCCCCAGCCCCACCAUGUCCGAGGACUCGGCGGGUUCGCCCUGCGCGUCGGGCUCCGGCUCGGACGCGGAGAACACUCGGCCCCAGGAGAACACGUUCCCCAAGGGCGAGCCGGACCUGAAGAAGGAGAGCGAGGAGGACAAGUUCCCCGUGUGCAUCCGCGAGGCGGUCAGCCAGGUGCUCAAGGGCUACGACUGGACGCUGGUGCCCAUGCCGGUGCGCGUCAACGGCUCCAGCAAGAACAAGCCGCACGUCAAGCGGCCCAUGAACGCCUUCAUGGUGUGGGCGCAGGCGGCGCGCAGGAAGCUCGCCGAUCAGUACCCGCACCUGCACAACGCCGAGCUCAGCAAGACGCUGGGCAAGCUCUGGAGGCUGCUGAACGAGAGCGAGAAGCGGCCCUUCGUGGAGGAGGCGGAGCGGCUGCGCGUGCAGCACAAGAAGGACCACCCGGAUUACAAGUACCAGCCGCGGCGGAGGAAGUCGGUGAAGAACGGGCAGGCGGAGGCCGAGGAGGCCACGGAGCAGACGCACAUCUCGCCCAACGCCAUCUUCAAGGCGCUGCAGGCCGACUCGCCGCACUCCUCCUCGGGCAUGAGCGAGGUGCACUCCCCCGGCGAGCACUCAGGGCAGUCCCAGGGCCCACCGACGCCACCCACCACCCCCAAAACCGACGUGCAGCCAGGAAAGGCUGACCUGAAGCGAGAGGGGCGCCCCCUGCCAGAGGGGGGCAGACAGCCCCCCAUCGACUUCCGCGACGUGGACAUCGGCGAGCUGAGCAGCGACGUCAUCUCCAACAUUGAGACCUUCGACGUCAACGAAUUUGACCAGUACCUGCCGCCCAAUGGCCACCCGGGGGUGCCGGCCACGCACGGCCCGGUCACCUACACCGGCAGUUACGGUAUCAGCAGCACCGCGGCGACCCAGGGGGGCGCGGGCCACGUGUGGAUGUCCAAGCAGCAGGCGCCGCCACCUCCGCAGCAGCCCCCGCAGGCCCCGCAGGCACCCCCGCAGCCGCAGCCCGCGCCCCCGCAGCCUCCGCAGGCGCCCCCGCAGGCGCCGCAGGCGCACACGCUGACCACGCUGAGCAGCGAGCCGGGCCAGGCGCAGCGAACGCACAUCAAGACGGAGCAGCUGAGCCCCAGCCACUACAGCGAGCAGCAGCACUCGCCGCAGCAGAUCGCCUACAGCCCCUUCAACCUCCCGCACUACAGCCCCUCCUACCCGCCCAUCACCCGCUCGCAGUACGACUACACCGACCACCAGAACUCCGGCUCCUACUACAGCCACGCGGCCGGCCAGGGCUCCGGCCUCUACUCCACCUUCACCUACAUGAACCCCGCGCAGCGACCCAUGUACACCCCCAUCGCCGACACUUCCGGGGUGCCUUCCAUUCCGCAGACGCACAGCCCCCAGCACUGGGAACAGCCCGUCUACACACAGCUCACCAGACCUUGAGGAGGCCUAGACAAAGGUGAUGACCGUGGAAACAACCGAAGUGAGAGAGAACCCACCACAAGUUCCUUGGGACAUUUUUUCUUUUUUCUUAUUCACUUAAAGACAUUGAACGUAAAGGCAACUCCGUACCCAGAUUCCAAGACUGAAGCAUUAGCUAUCCAAACGCAUCGCCACCACCGUGUUGAGGACUCAGUGGCCAGGCCACUCUUGGCUAGAAGGACCGGCGGAACCGUCAAGAAACUGGACUUGAAAACCUUCAAAGGAAGCGUAGAGGGUGAUGGCGAAUCGCGUGACCAGUUUGCCCAGUCUCUCUACCUGUUUGGACUUUGUAAUUAUUUUUUAGCAGUAAUUAAAGAAAAGAGUCCUCUGUGAGGAAUAUUCUCUAUUUUAAAUAUUUUUAGUAUGUACUGUGUAUGAUUCAUUACCAUUUUGAGGGGAUUUAUACAUAUUUUUAGAUUUAAAUAAUGAAAUGCUCUUAUUUUUCCAACAGCUAAACUUAGUCGAACAGUGUGCCCUAGCUUUUCCUGCAACCAGAGUAUUUUUGUACAGAUUUGCUUUCUCUUACCAAAAAAAAAAAAAAAAAAAAAAAAAAAAGUGUGUGUUGUUUUAACAUUUAAAAAAAACACAAGUUUGUGUUAUGUGAUCAGUUUUGGGGGUUUGCUUUGCUCAAUUCCUCAGGCUUUCUGAUUCAAGAAGGAGCUGCCUUAGAAAAAUAAAGGCCUUAUUUUGCAGAUGUGGAAGUAAACCUAGCUAGAGAAGCAUUUGGUAAGCUUUAUCAUAUAUAUAUUUUUUAAACAAGAGAAAAUACCUUGAGCCUUACAACAAUGCUGCUGGAAAAUACUUGCGCUCUCAUUUACUGCAUUUCCGCCUGCAAUUGCUUGUUCACUGCAAAAAUCUUAAGGAGCAAAAAGCAAGCAAAGGAGACAAAAUCUGUUUGGGGAAUGUUUCAGCAGCCAAUAAGUGCCCCAGCACACUGCGGCUGGUUGCCUGCCUGCACCCCAUGUGGAGCCCAGAUGCUAUAGUCCUCUGCCUUAUACACUGUCACCAGUGCCUCUGAACACCAGCAGUUAGCCUUCAAGACAUUCCAUGUGCUAAAAUUAUUUAUUUUGUAAGGAGAGGUUUUAAUGAAAAGAAAUCUUCCUCUUUUUUUUAUUUUUUAAAUUUACCUUCUUUAAAAUAGGUUGUUGAAGCCUUCCUCAAAGGGUAUGGUCAUCUGUUGUUAAAUUAUGUCCUACACUAUAACCAGUUUUUUUUUUUUAUUUAUCUCUUUAAUCUUUUGUUUUUAUUAUUAUUAAAAGCAAGUCUCUUUGGAUGCUUUGUCCUAGAUUGUAUAAAUGCCUUUUUGUCUGUCCUUUUUUUUUUUUCCUUUGUUGUUUUUGUUGAAAACAAA